AUGGAGAAACACUCCAUGCGUCACCUCCUGUGGGCUGCACUGUUCCUGUUGUACUGCAGCUGCGGGUGUUUGGCUGCUGUUGUGCAGCAGUUACCACAGAAAGGAGAAAGUGCUCUACAGGCAUAUACCGUCUCUACUGCUGCUGAGCAAUGGCAACCCAUCCGCAUUGCCGUGUAUACCGAACGUGUGGAGGAAAUAAUGACUUAUUGCAAUGAGAAAGUAAUGUCGUCUAAGUACGAACCGCUUCAAGACCUUAAAAACGAUCUUGAACAAAGGUUUAAACAACUCUGUGACGGUGAAAAUAAAAUGACAACAAAGAGGAUGCAUACUCUUUUUAAGGAGGUCCUACCUGAAGCGAUUAAAUUGCACAGGGAUCGCCUUAAUGUGAAACGGGUGGAGAAUAACCUGAUACUAUGGAAAGAGGAUUAUGAAGACCCCUAUAACAUAUUUGUAAAGUAUUGCCACCAGUUAAAAAUGCCCGACGAGCAUUUUAAGGAUGGUAUUCCCAAUGCUGAUUUUAUGCUUUAUGUGGAUCUCCAUCCGGUGGAUAGAACUAUUAAUGAUUGCACUAAAGACAACAAAAAUGGAGACCGACCGACAUCUGCCCGCAUCACUUUUGUCCCAAAGGAGAUCGUCGCCACAAGGCAGUAUAUUCGCUUAGCUGCGCGCUAUAUUGCGGUUGGGCUUGGAUUUGAGAUCUUCUACAUGGGUGGGCAGAAUGUGCAAUAUUCUCUUCUCGAUUUAAACGGCGUACAGAAGUAUAUCAGGGUGCUGGCCGGUAAUACUGUGAAGGGAAAGAUGAAUGAGCAUUACAACUCCCAAGACUACGCGGGAAUGGUUUUGCAUUAUCAUGAGACAAAAAUUUUCACUGAAUGGGAGAGGCGCAUCGCAAAAGAUGAGUUGAUGAGUCAGUACACUGGUGAACCCACUGGAAUGUUUUACACUAAUCUGACACUUGCAGUGUUUGAUACAAUGUCUUUCUACACCGCAAAUUUCAGCAUGGCAGAACCCAUGAGUUGGGGGAAUCAAUCAGGACGUGACUUCAUUACGAACAAGUGUACAGAACUCAUCAAAGAUCCGAAGUACAAUAAAGUUUUCUGUGAUGAAGGUGAAGAUAAAUCUGUAUUAAAGUGCACUUCUGAUCGCUUUGGUCUUGGUGUCUGCUCCAAGGACAACACGAACAAGCAUAGUAUGUCCGAUGAGUACAAGUUCUUUGAAACUGUUGGUGAACAGAGUGAAAUGAUAAAAGAGUGUCCCAUCAUUAAGCCGUUUCAACAGACCAUGUGCGAGAAUGGUAAGGAGACACUGAUGCCUGGAAGCAUUGUGAGCAAUAUGUCACGGUGUCUGGAUGUGAAGGAAACGGUGGAAAUCGAUGAAAAUGGAAAGAAAGUGAAGGUUCAAGGCAUUUGUGCAAAAGUGAAGUGUGAUAAUGGCAAGGUGCAUGUACAGUACAAAGGGGACAAAGAGAAAGUGAACGGGGAACAAAAAUGGCACGAGUGCACCGAGGAGGGCACUAUUAAUCUGCAGGGUUCAGUGUUCACGAGUGGAACUAUUGUGUGCCCCAAAUACGCUGAAGUGUGCACCGGGCUACCGGAAACCGAACCUUUUAAUAUUUCAUAUACAGAAGUUAAUGUUCCUGAGGAUAAGGUGGAAGAGGAGGAAACGCCUGGGGAGGAAGAAGAGGAGAAGCCUGGGGAUGAAACCGAAGAACAAAGCAGCUCGAGCGCAGAGUCAGAGAUGAACAGUGGCACGGGAGAUCAGGACCAGACCCAAAAACCUGGUGAUAAUGAGGACGGUGCCACUGACAACAGCAUCGCUCUCUCGUUCUUUGGACCUCUUAUGCUUCCUGUGUGUAUUGUUGCUGCGGUGGUGGCCCUGUGA